UCAGUUUAGUUCCAGCUGCCAAAGUGGAUACAUAUUUACAUUUUUCUGAGAUGGCAUCAAGAGGCUGCAAAUGUGAAAAAGUACUCCGUGGAAGCAUCUGCUAAGAAGUGUGAGGCCUACAAUGCAUAUUUCGGCAUGCCUGUCGGGGAUCAAGACAAACCCUGGGCAACUAAUUUCACCUGCGAGCAAUACAAAAAAACUCUGGAAGGAUGGUAAAGAGGAGAAAAGAGAGCCAUGAAGUUUGCUAUCCCAAGAAUUUGGCGGGAACCCACUGACCACUCAAGCAACUGCUACUUCUGCAUGGUGGACCCUUCCAAACGUCUGACUGGCAAGAAUGCAGCUGCUAUCACGUAUCUGGACCUUCCUUCACACUGCCAUAAGCUCCCCGUACCCACUCCUCCGGAGAGAGAGCACCCGUCUUUAGAAGAGAGCAGCAAGUCAGAGAGCGAGGAAGACGUUGUAGAUCCAGAUGACAAUUUCAGAGGUGGAGCUGAGGAGAGAAACCCAUACUACCCCAACCAAAAAGACCUCAACGACUUGAUCAGACAUCUUGGUCUCACCAAGUCCAAUGCCAAGCUUUUGACGUCUACGCUCAAGCAGUGGAACUUGUUGGAUGAAAGUGUGCAAGUCGCAGAUCAGAGGAAGCGUCACAAACCUUUUUGCAGCUUCUUCACCCGUCAAGAUGGGCUCUGUUUCUGCCAUAAUGUGACCAGUCUGUUCGAGGCAAUCAGAAUCGCCUGUAACCAGAAUGAGUGGCGCCUCUUCAUUGACAGUUCAUCCAGGAGUCUCAAAGCCGUGCUUCUCCAUAAUGGUAACAAGUACCCGUCUCUUCCCCUGGCUCACUCGGUGCACCUCAAAGAGGAUUACAACAGCAUCAAGGCCUUGCUGGAUGCCUUGAAGUAUGCUGAGUACGGCUGGGAGGUCAUCAGAGACUUCAAAAUCGUGGCAUUCCUGAUGGGUCUCCAAGGCGGUUUUACUAAGUUUCCCUGCUAUCUUUGCCUUUGGGACAGCAGGGACACCAAGGCGCACUACCAUAGGCGGGACUGGCCACAGCAGACCAAAUUCUCUGUGGGGAGGAAGAAUGUCAAGUGGGAGCUACUGGUGGACUCCCGGAAGGUGCUGAUGCCACCACUGCACAUCAAAUUGGGCCUUAUGAAACAACUAGCCUUUUGCCCGUCCAAGGACGGUUUCAGUAAAUCUGAAAUUUGCAAGCGAAAAGCAGACCGCGACAUGAUAUUCAUUGCAUCAAUUCGUGUGCAUUUUGUAAGUCCGCAGUGACACAGACUUAUUUCAUUUAAAGGUUAUAAUCCCUUGUUCA